AUGUGGUCGAGAAACUAUAUACCGGAUUAUGGGAUUAAGUUGCUGUCUAUAGGCGUUCUUCUGACGAGCCUGGCGGCGAAAAUUCAUGGGGUCGAAGGCUUCGUGUCGUGCUCGCCGUCGCCAUGCAAGAACGGCGGAACCUGCCUAUCCACGCCGAGGGGGGAGUACUUCUGCAAUUGCACGUCCCGAUACGCCGGCGAAUUCUGCCAGCAUCUGAAUCCGUGUCAUAGUGAGUCGAGUCCCCGGUGCCAGAACGGCGGCACUUGCCGAGUCCGUCCAGGAGUCGGGGGCGGCCCACCGUCCUUCGCUUGCGACUGCCCCCUCGGCUUCAGCGCGUCGCUUUGCGAGAUACGAGUGCCAGCGGCCUGCGACUCUGCGCCGUGUCUAAAUGGAGCGACAUGUCGACUGACGUCACUACAUACAUUCGAGUGCGACUGUCCGCCCGGCUACACAGGUGCAGAAUGUUCACACGAAGACCACUGCGCAUCCCAGCCGUGCAGAAAUGGUGGGCGUUGCGUUGCAGACAAUUCAACGACUGCCGGCUACUCCUGCGCCUGCCCGCCCGGCUUCACUGGCACUCGAUGUACCGAAGACGUGGUGGAAUGUUCGAGCGGCUCCGGGCCAUGUCACCAUGGGAGGUGCUUCAACACCCACGGUUCUUACACGUGCGUGUGCGAGCCUGGAUACACGGGGCGCGAUUGUGACGCGGAGUACGUCCCCUGCGAGCCGUCUCCCUGUCUCCAUGGAGGGAGGUGCACGCCGCUGGAUCAACUGAGAUACGAAUGCGACUGUCCCACGGGGUACCGCGGCCAGAACUGCGAGAUAGACAUCGACGACUGCCCGGGCAACCUCUGUCAGAACGGAGCAACGUGCGUGGACGGACUCAACUCGUACACCUGCGAAUGUCCGCCCACUUUUACUGGUUCACUCUGCGAGACCGACGUCGACGAAUGCGCACUCAGGCCCCUUGUGUGUCAGAACGGCGCCACCUGCACCAACUCAGUAGGUGGUUUCUCAUGCAUCUGUGUCAACGGCUGGACUGGGCCGGAGUGUUCUGUUAACAUCGACGACUGCGCCGGUGCUGCGUGUUUCAACGGAGCCACUUGCAUCGAUAGGGUCGGCGCCUUUUACUGCAAGUGCACGCCGGGAAAGACUGGUCUGCUCUGCCAUCUCGACGACGCCUGCACGUCUAACCCUUGCCACGCGGACGCUAUCUGCGACACCAGUCCCAUCAACGGUUCCUACACUUGCUCCUGUGCUUCAGGAUAUAAAGGACUCGACUGUUCGGAGGAUAUCGACGAGUGCGAACAAGGAUCGCCGUGUGAACACGACGGCACUUGCGUGAACACGCCGGGCUCUUUCGCGUGCAACUGCUCGGUGGGCUUCACGGGGCCGCGCUGCGAGACCAACGUCAACGAGUGCGAGAGCCACCCCUGUCGGAACGACGGCUCCUGCCUCGACGACCCCGGCACCUUCCGCUGUGUAUGCAUGCCUGUUCCCAUGAAAUGGAUGGAGAGCGGCGCCCGCGCAUUGUUUUGA